AUGACAUUGAACACCACAAAAUUCCACCCUCCUCCUCUGAACCUUACCGACUUAGAGACCAUGUCAUCUUUUGCCCACUACUGCCAUAAAGUCGGCAUCCAUGGAUCGACCGUGUGUGAUAUGCGACGUCGUCAUUUCCGACACUCCCAUCCCAUGGGGAGCAGUACUCCCAAGCAAAAGACUAGAUUGGCGCCAAAAGCUUCGAUGUCGCGUUAUAAUUGCCAAACUACGGGAAACGUUAGCGGCAUUGGUUAUCAUCACUGGGACAUUGGAAUUGUCGCCCCCUUAGGUGUUGACAGCUCCUACGACGACCCUGACAUCGACAUGGAGAGCCUCUGGCGCUAUCAAGCAGGAGCAAAAGUGUGGUUCUUUGCUCACGCCAGAUGCUGGGAUAUCCUCGCGCAGAGAUUGUCCGCAGGACUCUCAGAUAUUCGCACUACCAGCCUCGCGAAUUUGAUGUUUUACGACCAGCCGCAUACGCUUCAUUUGGGCACCAGGCUUGAAACGGGGAUCAGGUUUGAAACGGGGAUUAUCGGCCUGUUGUAUAGGUUCUACGAACUGGAGGAUGUUGCUGACGUAAAGUAUGACAUUUCUGUGGCGGAGCCUUCACAGCCUGAAAACCUGUCUCAACUACUACCCUCUGGCACAAAGAAGACUUAUCCACCCCGUGCCUAUGCAAUACCUUUCCAGGGACCCUUUGGGAGCCAGGAUGCCUUUCGUUGUCUCCCCGUUGAGAUAAUCCACACGCUGCUUGCAAUGCUUCCAUGUGCCGAUAUCAAAAACCUACGAGCGGCCUCGAGGUCUGUUGCAUCGGCUAGUCAUCCUGCGGAAUUCCCGCAGCAAUUCUGGCGAUCACGCUUUUCUCCGGAAUUAGAGAUGGGAUUUGCGCUACCAAAAGAUACCACUGGGAUCCUCGAUUGGCGAACCGCUUAUUCGGCGGUCAAGAACGCAAUAAAUGACCCCAAGGGCUCUCCUCAUCUCAAGAACCGACGUCGAAUUUGGGAAAGGGUAGGCACUAAGACAUCGAUAUUCACUGAAUUAAAGGCCGGGGAGUCUUUGGAUGAUAUGUCUCUUGAUGAAUUCGGGUGCUUGACGUUCGAGAGCCAUCCGAGCACGGCGAUUACGAAGACACCUGCCGCGGAUCCGAUUCCGAUUCCGGCGGAUGCGCCGGCGCUGAGUGGUGUUGAUGUUGAUGGGGAUGAGGUGCUUGAGGGUUUGGAUGUGGAUGAAGCUGUUAUCGAGGGUGUGGGUUCUGUGCCCGCGGUGGAGGUCCUGAAUUCGCUUGAUGUUGGUGUCUAG